UUAAUCAUGUGGCAACUCUAACACAUUGCUUCUGCUUUUGAAGAAUUCCUUUGGAUACUGCAUUAAACGUAUUUUUAUAAGGAACACCUGACUGCGACGAUGACACAUCCCGUCGCUGCAAAGGGAAAACCACGCAAGUACCCGUUUGUCAAUAUGCGCAUAGCGGAUAACUCAGUGCUGGACACGAUCGAGGGCCGCCACAACUGCCGCCACUGCAAUCGGUCCCGCAAAUUCUUUUGCUACAAUUGCUACGUUCCCGUUGGCGAACUGGCCAAUUUGCUGCCCAUGGUGCAGCUGCCCUUGCAAAUAGACAUCAUCAAGCACAAAAAGGAGAUUGAUGGCAAAAGCACUGCAGCGCAUGCGGCGGUACUAGCGCCCCACAAUGUCCGCAUCCACACAUAUCCCGAUAUACCCGAUUACAGCCAGGAGGAUGGAGUGGUGCUCAUAUUUCCUAGUGCCACGAGUCUCACGGUGCCACAGCUCUUUGCACGUGAUGUUCACUUGAACAUUGAUGACAACUACGGCCUGCCCAAAGGCCAUCACAUGGGCACAAUGCUGCGACGCCGGAUGGACGAGAUUGUUGGAGAAAUGGAAUUGGAGCAAACCUCCAAGUGCUAUACCUUCGGCAAUCUGCCCGUACGCCGAGCCGUAUUUAUUGACAGUACCUGGAACCAGAGUCGCGGCAUCUAUGCGGACCACCGAGUGCGUGCUCUACGCACGGUAGUACUGCAGAAUCGCUUGUCCCAGUUCUGGCGCCAUCAGCGAGGAAGUCCACGUUGGUAUUUGGCUACCAUCGAAGCCAUACAUCAGUUUCUGUUGGAGAUGCACGUGAAUGCGUGGGGACUCAAUGCAUCAUACCGAGGCCUGGACAAUCUUGAGAUCACCGAGGGCUUCCAUCAGCUUUCAGCACCGCUAACAGUAGCGGCGCCUGCCGAUUGUGAGCAACUGGAAUCACCGUACAACGGGCAGUACGACAAUCUGCUGUACUUCUUUGCUAAUAUGUACGAUCUCAUACACAAGUACUACGAUCACAACGAUCUGAUAUCGUACCGUCGUCCAAUUUAAGCAAUUCUUGAUGUCUUAACCAACGAUUAACCGAAGUUUUAUUCAUAUAUCUACAACU